UAUCAGGGAAUGCUAUUGUUACCAUCCCUGCAUGCAUCGAAAGAUUUGUUUGCUUGUGGAGACUUAAUGUGGAUAAUUGCAAGCAACUUCGAAAAAUUCUAAGACUUCCACCAAAUAUAAAAUACUUGUGUGCAGAGGGGUGCAUGUCGUUGGAAACAUUUUUCGGAGAAGCACAAACAUCUGAAUUAUUUAAUACAUGGUGGUUACCAGAGUUUGUAUGGUAUGAAACAACUUGUUCGGCACGAGGCCCAGUGGGCAGUGGUGCUUCUUCUGCAACCUAUCAGAAUGUGCAAACUGUGGCAAUAGCUCAGCCAUUGAGGGGACCUCUUCGGUAUCGUUACUUUAACUGUUUAGCUUCGGGAAAUAAGAUUCCAGAUUGGUUCAACUAUUAUAAAAAGGCUUCAAAUAGUAAUUCAUGUGAAAUAGAUAUUGAUGAGGCUGCAGAUAUGUUUGGGGAGUUCACAAUAAUUGCUUACUCUGCUGUUGUUGGAGUAGAGGAUGUAGAAGAAGAUGAUGAUGUUUCACAUGAAAUUAGUGUUUACAUCAUCACUCGUGGUGUAGAAAGCUAUCGUCAUUCUGCACCGAUGUUUAGAUCGGCUGUAUGGCUGCAUUUCCGUGUUCCAAAAUAUUCUUUUAAGCUUGGAAGUGUUGAUCAUGUGCGAGUUAAAUUUGAAGUUGCAGAGCGAGUGCGCUUGAAAAGUUGCGGAUUCCAUCUGGUACGUAUGUGUAGCGAGAAUGCGAUUGAUUUAAUAGAUGGAAUUCAACGGAAAAGGAGACCCCGUGAUGAUGGUGAUGGAAACUUGGAAUGAAAGAGGCAUUCUGCCACCUUGGGCAUUAGAUUUUCAAAUGCAGAGGAUAAGCCACCUGGUGAUCAAUCGUAAGUACAUCAAAAGACCCCUUCGUUUUCUCCAUCGCUGUUUUCUCUGUUUUCCUCAGCUUCGCUUUCUCCAAUUGUGCACAAAUUUGAUGGUUCUUUUUA